ACAAUAUCAGUGGAUGGGAUUCUGACCACCACGGGUUACACCCAAGAAGACUACACCAUGCUGGGCUCUGAUGACUUCUUCUAUGUGGGUGAGCCCAGUACAGCUGACCUGCCUGGAUCUCCAGUCAGCAACAACUUCAUGGGCUGUCUCAAGGAGGUGGUGUAUAAGAACAAUGACAUCCGACUUGAGUUGUCCCGUCUGGCUCGAAUUGUGGACCCUAAGAUGAAAAUCCAAGGUGAGGUGUCCUACAAGUGUGAGAAUGUGGCCACCUUGGACCCCAUUUCUUUCGAGACUCCCGAGGCUUACAUCAGCCUUCCCAAAUGGAACACCAAGCGGAUGGGAUCCAUUUCUUUCGAUUUCCGAACAACUGAGCCCAAUGGCCUCAUCCUCUUCACCCAUGGCAAACCCCAGGAGCGCAAAGAUGCUGCCCGCAGUCAGAAGAACACCAAGGUGGAUUUCUUUGCUGUAGAGCUGCUGGAUGGGAGCCUUUACCUGUUGUUGGACAUGGGCUCAGGGACUAUCAAGGUGAAGGCCACCCAGACAAAGGUCAAUGAUGGUGCCUGGUACCAUGUGGACAUCCAGAGAGAUGGACGCUCAGGCACCAUCUCUGUAAACAGCAGAAGGACCCCAUUCACAGCCAGUGGCGAGAGUGAGAUUCUGGACCUGGAGGGUGACAUGUACUUGGGGGGGCUUCCUGCUGACCGCACCAACCUCAUCCUGCCCACUGAGCUCUGGACGGCGAUGCUCAACUACGGCUAUGUGGGCUGUAUCCGUGACCUUUUCAUUGACGGUCGAAGCAAGGACAUCCGUCAGAUUGCUGAGGCACAAAAUGGUGCUGGCAUCAAACCCUCAUGCAAUAAGCAACCGGGCAAGCAGUGUGAGAGCUACCCAUGCAAGAACCGAGGUGUCUGCAAAGAAGGCUGGAAUCGAUUCAUCUGUGACUGUACCGGGACUGGCUACUGGUCACGCACCUGUGAGAGAGAGGCUUCCAUCCUUUCCUAUGAUGGCAGCAUGUAUAUGAAGGUGGUGAUGCCAACCAUCAUGCACACUGAGGCAGAGGAUGUCUCCCUGCGUUUUCGUUCCCAGAGGGCUUAUGGCCUCCUCAUGGCCACCACCUCCCGAGACUCAGCCGACACACUCAGGCUGGAGUUGGAUGGGGGUCGUGUGAAACUCACGGUCAACCUAGACUGUAUCAGGAUAAACUGUAACUCCAGCAAGGGACCGGAGACCCUGUAUGCUGGGCAAAAGCUCAAUGAUAAUGAGUGGCAUACGGUGCGUGUGGUGCGUCGCGGAAAAACCUACAAGCUAACAGUUGACGAUGAUGUAGCAGAAGGCCAAAUGGUGGGUGACCACACUCGUCUGGAGUUCCACAACAUUGAAACAGGCAUCAUGACAGAGCGCAGAUAUGUUUCCAGUAUCCCAUCCAGCUUCAUUGGUCAUCUGCAGAGCCUUAGAUUUAAUGGUAUGCUCUACAUCGACCUGUGCAAGAAUGGUGACAUCGAUUAUUGUGAGCUUAAUGCCCGCUUUGGGGUUCGCUCCAUUAUUGCUGACCCUGUCACCUUCAAAUCCAAGAGCAGCUACCUGAGCUUGGCCACCCUGCAGGCCUACACAUCCAUGCACCUCUUCUUCCAAUUCAAGACCACCUCCCCAGAUGGCUUCAUACUUUUCAACUCUGGAGAUGGCAAUGAUUUUAUUGCUGUAGAACUGGUUAAAGGAUAUAUCCACUAUGUUUUUGACCUUGGAAAUGGGCCUAACCUCAUCAAGGGCAAGAGUGAAAGGGCACUGAAUGACAACCAGUGGCACAAUGUAGCCAUCACCCGAGACAACAGUAACACCCACACACUGAAAGUAGAUGCUACAGCAACUAGUCAGAGUAUCAAUGGAGCCAAGAACCUGGACCUGAAAGGUGAUCUGUUCAUCGCAGGACUGGGUCCAGGCAUGUAUGGCAACCUGCCUAAACUAGUGGCUUCCAGAGAAGGCUUCCAGGGCUGUUUGGCAUCUGUGGACCUCAACGGUCGCCUGCCAGAUCUCCUCAAUGACGCCUUGUUUCGCAGUGGGCAGAUUGAGCGUGGAUGCGAAGGUACACCGUCCCUCAAAUCCAAGCCUGAUUUAGACUACUACAACACAAACUUCAACUCCAGCUCCAGCAGCCCUUUCUUCCUGCUCAAUGCAAACAGUAGCUCCACAGUCCUGCAUCCAUACGGAAGUCACUCCAUCCUAUUAACUGUACUUGUUGCUUCACUUACCCACUGUUAGAGUCAGGCCAAAUAUCAAAUACCUCCUUACCUUCACCAUCACGUUAUCGGCCACAUUGGUCGCCCGCUGACAGUGCCGUCACAAUCACCAUCAGAGCAGUUUUUUGCCAGUGUAGUAACAUUACUGCCAGGUGCUUCAUUUUUUAUCUCUUAUACUAUUUAUAAAGUUUCAUUUUUUCAGACUUUCUUGAAUGUUUAGGCUCAUCUUCGAAGAAGGUACUACAGAGCUUGUAUACACAUUCACAUGACAUAUUCACUUGAUUGUGCAGAGAUAUAUUCACACUGAGAGCAAGAUUUUGCACUGGUGAAAUUUUAAAAUGUCUUAACAUAUUUAAUUGACCCUUCACUAAGCCCUGCCACCCCUUUAAUUAUUGUUGCUAUGCCUGUCAAGCUUUCCAUUCUAGCGCUGCACAUACAUAGUUUACAGUGAUAACAAUGGCAGAUGCACCACCAGAAGUUUGUAGUGAUUUUUGAAGCAAUGGAUCCUUGACUUCAAACAGACGUAGACAUGACAGCUGUCAUUUUAAGAAAAUCAUAUCUGCAUCAUCACCAUUUAAUGACUGAUGAUGACAUAGGAUUGUCCUUGUUUUACAGGGUUGGUAGGCUCUUAAUCCUGUAUUUUAGUGCAGUAUUAUAAGAAAAAUGCUGGACUGGACUGUUGUUCUGUAACAUAACAUGUUCAUGAACAUGUUGCAGAUGUUUACAGUAGUGAUACAUAAUAAAUAACUAUUAUGUGUCAAGUAUUUUCAGGCAAUAUGUUGGACCUAACCUAUAAGUUUGGCAAAGUGGUCUCAGGUAAACUUCUUACAGCCCAAUACAAAGCAGUACAGAGCUGCCUAAACUUAAAAAACCAUCAGGGACUGGUGUUACACCAUCUUCCAUGCAGUGGAAUGUGUCAAUCCUGAACAGGACUUUGGUGCGUCAAUCCUGAUCACAACUUUUUCUAACAGAACCUCAAUCCCACAAAAGAAUGUGAGACUAAUUUGGCCUCGGAAAUGACACUAGGUUACUACUACUGUGUGGAAAGCCAUGCUUAGUUACAGAUGCUAAGCUAUGCCGAGCAAUCACUGUUCGGGGUAGGGGUUUAGAAAAUGGUCAAUGACAGGCAUACAAAGAGAAAAUAUAAGAUAAAUACAUUAAAUAUUCAAGUCUUAGUCAAGCUUUACACCUGACCAUGACAUCAUAUCAACAUUGGAAAUCUGUAUCAGGCCAUACCUGGACUCCAGACUAUACAGUUUGUUCACAAAACAAAACUUGCCAAAGUUUUUAUUUUUUGUGUUAAUUUCCAAUUGUUCAUGCAUAUUAUGUAGCUACAUCAAAAUAGGCUGUUGAAACAUUUUGCACGAGCAAGCAAAUGUCACUGUUGUUUCCAUCUUCCUGUGCAAGUCGUGCAUUCUUUUUUGGUUGAUUUUGUCAUCCUUUUAAGGUUCUGGGCCAGCCUCCACAACCUGUUCUUGUUUGCAUGGAAGUCAUUUUCUGUGUAGCUGUUUUUUCUUAUGUCUGCCAUAUCAUUCAGUUGGACAUUGAAUAUACCGUUUGUUUGUUUUUAACGUUAACUUACAGAGCCCCAGGUUAGAGAAAUUAAUGUGUUAGCUGACAUUUAAUUUUAAUCAAAACAGGCAAUAAUGUUAUGUGUACUGUAUGUCCUCCUCAUUGUGACAAUCUGAAUGGGGUUGAUAACAAUGUUAUUCACUGUGCUGUAUGUACUGCAACAAAGCAAUGGCUGACUAAUUUAUUUUUCAAAAUAAAAUGUCAUCAAUCACAGUUUGUUGGUCUUGUCCAUGGCAUUCUGAUGUCUCAUUUUUAUGUGUUCCUGUAUGGUUCCUUUUCUUUUUAGCUUUUCUUUGUUUUGUUUUGUUUUUUUGCCUAUGUAUCAUGAUCAUUUGAUAAGUCAUUUAAACUGUAUUGCCAUAUACUGCUUACAUUUCACCGUAUGAAAAGGAUUUGUGUUUAUUGAGACACUGACACCUUAUCAAAGCCCAUUAAUGAUUGUUCAGUUUGCAGCUCAGGUUGUGGCAAUACAUUUUG